AUGGUCAUGGUGGCAAUAGGCCGGGGCACAAGUGACGUGUUGUGCGCCUCGGGACACGAGUCUCGCCAGCUGCCCUAUUACGCAAUCACAACGACGCGUCACACAUCAUCACGUGACAUAUUACAUAGGGUCUUGGCAUGGCCUGUGCUGGUCGGUGGCCGUUGCGCUAUGAGGCGACUGGCAGGGUGGCCUGGGCUGUGGCGAUUCGUCUCGCGGCGAGCUCGAGGGCCAUCACCGCGAUACUCCUCAUCGAGCGCGUCGUCUCAUGCCACGCUGAGUACAGCGCGCUGGCCGACGCAGGCGCCGACGCAUGCAUGUGGCCGCCUUCGUCCUGAGCAUGCAGAUCACCGCGUCGUGCUGGCUGGCUGGAUGCUUGCACCGCGUAAGAUCUCUCGAAAGCUGGCAUUCAUUCCUUUACAGGAUGUGUCAGGCACCGUCCAGCUCGUCGUGACGGACCCCGAGCUCGUAGACGCCAUGUCCAACGUGCCUGUGGAAAGUGUCGUAUGUGUACAUGGCUCCGUCCAGGGACGCUCGCAAGGCGCGGUCAACGAAGCCAUGCGCACGGGCGCCAUCGAGGUGCGUGUUGAUGCGUGGGAACUACUGAAUGCCGCUGCAUCCAAGCUGCCGUUCUAUCCCACGCAGUGCCACGAUGCCGCCUCGCUACCGAACGAGGCCCUACGUGCGAAGCACCGCUACCUCGAUCUCCGCCGACCCACAUUGGCCUCGCACAUCCGCGAGCGGAGCCGUAUCAUGCAUGCUGCGCGUUCCUUCUUGCAUGAGUGCGAUUUCACGGAAGUCGAGACACCCAUUCUGCUGCGCUCGACGCCUGAAGGCGCGCGGGAAUUCCUGGUGCCGACGCGCGGUACACAGCCCCAGUUUUAUGCGCUGCAGCAGUCGCCACAGCAGCCCAAGCAGCUGCUGAUGGUGUCGGGCGUCACUGACCGCUACUUUCAGUUUGCCAAGUGCUUCCGCGACGAGGAUGGACGAAAGGACCGGCAGCCGGAAUUCACCCAGAUUGAUAUGGAGAUGAGCUUUGUGACGGGCCGUGGCGACGAGCCCGCCUGGCCACUCGGCGGCACAGAGGUGCGGCGCGUCACUGAAGGCCUCGUGCGUGCCAUGUGGGAUGCGUCGUCGGCGGCAACGACGCUGCCGACGCCUUUCCCCGUCCUGUCGUACGAACACGUCAUGUCGGUGUACGGCUCCGAUAAGCCAGAUACCCGCUUUGGACUGCAGAUCGAGAAUCUGCUGCCGAAGGGCGCCUCAGAGGCACUGGAUGUGCUCGUGGUGCCCCACUAUACCUCGUGCCAGCUCUCUGCACGGCAAAAAGAGGCCCUGUUGCAGGACAAGAGCGGCACGGGACGCUUGCCCAUCGAGCACUUCAAGGCGCGUCGCAGCGCGCCCCAAGCCCUCGCCGAGCGCCUGUGGACCAAGUCGCACCACGUGCGAGGCUGGCAGCCUCACUGGGGCUGUGCCGAGGCCCUGGGCGCGGUACUGCACGGCGUGAUGGAGCGGGCGAAUGCGUUCCGCGAUGCGGCUCCGUUGCCGCGCGAAGACACAUGUGACGUGUACGUGGCGCGGCGUGCCCUGCCGAUCCAGGGCGGCAGCACACCGAUGGGCGAUCUGCGCUUGCGGUGGGCCGAGGCGCUUCCGCUAGCAUGCGCUGAGCCGCAGAUCCUGUGGGUGACGCAGUUCCCGCUGUUUACGCGCGCAGACGAUGACAAGGCGGAGAUGGCGCAUGGCCGCUGGAGUGCCUCGCACCAUCCGUUCACGGCGCCGCUGGCCGACGAUGUGCCGCGGCUGUACCAGGCCCUGGCCUGUGAGGACGCGUCGGAGCGCGAUGCGUUGUUGUCGACGAUUCACGGGCAGCACUAUGAUCUCGUGCUCAACGGCGCGGAGAUUGGCGGCGGAAGCGUGCGUAUUCACGACGCACACUUGCAGCGCACGAUGCUCGAGCAGGUCCUGGCCCUGACACCGCACGAAACGGCGCGGUUUGACCACCUGCUACGGGCCCUGGCCAGCGGUGCGCCGCCCCACGCCGGCCUGGCGCUUGGCUUCGAUCGAUUCAUGGCGAUCGUGUGCGACACGUCGUCAAUUCGCGACGUGAUCGCCUUCCCCAAGUCCGGUGCAGGCAUCGACCCACUGUUUUCCAGUCCGGCGCCGCUGGACGACGCCGAACAACGCACACAGCUUGCUAUGUACAGCCUACAGCCCCGCUCCUCCGUCGUUGGACGUGGAUCGCGGUGA